AUGCUGUUCCACAGUCUGUCGGGCCCCGAGGUGCACGGGGUCAUCGACGAGAUGGACCGCAGGGCCAAGAGCGAGGCUCCCGCCAUCAGCUCCGCCAUCGACCGCGGCGACACGGAGACGACCAUGCCGUCCAUCAGCAGUGACCGCGCUGCGCUCUGCGCCGGCUGCGGGGGCAAGAUCUCCGACCGCUACUACCUGCUGGCGGUGGACAAACAGUGGCACAUGCGCUGCCUCAAGUGCUGCGAGUGCAAGCUCAACCUGGAGUCGGAGCUCACCUGUUUCAGCAAGGAUGGAAGCAUCUACUGCAAGGAAGACUACUACAGGCGGUUCUCUGUGCAGCGCUGCGCCCGCUGCCACCUAGGCAUCUCGGCCUCGGAGAUGGUGAUGCGAGCUCGGGACUUGGUUUAUCACCUCAACUGCUUCACGUGCACUACGUGUAACAAGAUGCUGACCACAGGAGACCACUUCGGCAUGAAGGACAGCCUGGUCUACUGCCGCUUGCACUUCGAGGCGCUGCUGCAGGGCGAGUACACCGCGCACUUCAACCACGCGGAUGUGGCAGCCGCAGCGGCGGCAGCUGCCGCGGCCAAGAGCGCGGGGUUGGGUGCAGCCGGGGCCAACCCCCUGGGUCUUCCCUACUACAAUGGCGUGGGCACGGUGCAGAAGGGGCGGCCGAGGAAGCGCAAGAGCCCCGGGCCCGGGGCGGACCUGGCGGCCUACAACGCUGCGCUGAGCUGCAACGAGAACGAUGCGGAGCACCUGGACCGCGACCAGCCGUACCCGAGCAGCCAGAAGACGAAGCGCAUGCGCACCUCCUUCAAGCACCACCAGCUUCGGACCAUGAAGUCUUACUUUGCCAUUAACCACAACCCCGACGCCAAGGACUUGAAGCAGCUCGCGCAAAAGACGGGCCUCACCAAGCGGGUCCUCCAGGUCUGGUUUCAGAACGCCCGGGCCAAGUUCAGGCGCAACCUUUUACGGCAGGAAAACACUGGCGUGGACAAGUCGACGGAGGCGGCACUGCAGACGGGGACGCCUUCGGGACCGGCCUCGGAGCUGUCCAACGCCUCGCUCAGCCCCUCCAGCACGCCCACCACCCUCACAGACUUGACUAGCCCCACCCUGCCGACUGUGACAUCCGUCUUAACUUCUGUGCCUGGCAACCUGGAGGGCCAUGAGCCUCACAGCCCCUCGCAAACGACUCUUACCAACCUUUUCUAAUGAUUCUCAGUCCCCCGCCCCCGCCCCACAAUUUCUUUAAAAAAGAAAUUAUCUUUAGUUGAAUUCCAAGUGUAUUUUAAAAUAGAGGCUUUGAGCAACUAACUAACCACAUUUUAGGAUCUCGCCUGGAAAAUGAGGAA